AUGAGCACCUUCAAUAUCGAUGAACAAAGAUUUUUGAUUGUAUCAGCAGUUGAACACAUCAAGAGAAGAAUUUUCGAUCAUUUCACCAGAUUUGAGCCCAGAACUUUGAUUAUCUGUGGAUCUGGACUGGGUGGUAUCGAGGAGAAAGUUGCAAUAAAACCCGCCCCUUUGAGUCUUCCAUAUGAAGAGAUCCCAGGAUUUAAAUCUAGUACCGUGCCUGGCCAUCAAGGUAGACUAGUGCUGGGUUACAUGAACAAUAGCCCCGUUGUCUUGAUGUGCGGUCGUUUACACUAUUACGAGGGGCAUGCACUUCACGAGGCUACAUUCCCAAUCAGAGUCUUGAAUGAACUACAAUCGAUGAAAUACCUUAUAGUGACAAACGCGUGUGGUGGCAUCAAUUCUACUUACAAAACAGGUGAUUUGAUGUGUUUGAAUGACCAUGUGAAUCUUCCUGGCCUUGCAGGACAACAUCCAUUGAGAGGACCUAACUUCGACGAAUACGGCCCUAGAUUCUUAGCACUCAGUGACGCUUAUGACCUCGAAUUGAGGAAACUCCUUUUCCAAAAGAAAGAUCAAUUGGGGUUGGAGAGAACCUUGCAUGAGGGAACUUAUACAUAUGUAUGUGGACCUACUUUUGAGACACGAGCCGAGUCGCGCUUCAUUAGAAUGCUAGGCGGUGAUGUGGUAGGAAUGAGUACUGUCCCUGAAGUUAUCGUUGCUAGGCAUUGUGGUUGGAGGGUAUUAGCGUUGAGUUUGGUGACAAACGAAUGUGUGGUUGAUCCACCUGCAAGCGCCCUUGAUGAAAGUCCCAUUCCUAUCGAACAGGGUAAGGCAACACAUGAAGAAGUCUUGGAAGAAGGGUUCUUGGCGUCUAUUGACGUGCAAUGUCUUAUUGAAGCUGUGGUUGAAGAAUUAUAA